AUGUCCACAAGUGUGCUUUCACUCAACGAAACGAGCUCAAUUCAAUCGAAUGCCCACAGUACUCGCUCAUAUGAACUAAAAUCACCAUUAAAGACCAAAAAAGGUCUCUCAUACGUCAUUGGAGAUACAAAUAACAAAGACAAUCACAUCUUACCCAUAAACACUAUACAAUACUCACAAACACAACAAUCACUAUUCACCGGCGGUAGAGACGGUGCAGUUAAAGUAUGGCAAGACCCAACAAGUCACAAUGAUCAAGAUCAAAAUCAAGAUCAAUAUCAACCUGAAUCUCAAUCUAAUUUCACAGAUUCCACAUCACUAGACUACAACGACAUCGAUGAAAGAUUACUCCGACUAGAAACCGCAAUUUCAUCCAACCCAUUACCAUACAAUACUUCUGCAUACGACCCCAAGGGAUUCAAAAUUGUAGGAAAUCACAAUCUACACUUUGACUGGGUCAAUGAUCUCCAAUUAAUCAACCACGAAAGACAACUCGCAUCGUGCUCCUCGGACUUGUCAAUAAAAAUCACCGACUUAACAACUUUAGUCGAUAGCACCUCACCACCACCACCAAUACAAUUACCCAACAUACACACAGAUUAUAUCAAAAAACUCUCGUACUCUUCCCAAUGUCCCUCACAAUUAGUCAGUGCCGGUCUCGAUGGCAACAUCAUCAAUUGGGACUUAAACAUACUCAGACCUUUACAAAUCAUAGAGAAUCACACUUUAACAAAUGUGCCAUCAUCAAUCUACUCAUUGGCAAGCAAUGACCACAACAUUAUCUGCACUGGUGGACCCAGCAAAACAAUCAAUUUGUACGACACAAGAGCAUCAACACAAUUUAUAAGGCAACUCAUUGGCCACCAGGAUAAUAUCCGAUGCUUACUAAUGAAUGACAAUUUUAUCUUGAGCGGCUCAUCGGACACAACUAUAAAACUAUGGGACCUUCGAACCUUUAAAGUUUACAAAAAUUUCGAUAUCCACGACUACCCCGUAUGGUCACUAAGCUCAACCGAUACCAACUCCCUCAACUUUUUCUACUCGGGAGAUGACCAUGGAAACAUUGUCAAAACAGACUUGUCGAAUCUAUUUAUGAACAACAACAACAAGAACAGCGUGAACAACACCAAAAGCAGCGUGAACAACACUGAUGCAGAGACCUACUACUCUAAAACAUUCACAACCAGCGAAACAGCAGCACUUGAUGAAAAGUUGGGAAUCUCUACAGUGGUUUCAAGCAACAACUCACCCAUCCUUUCAAUAUGCCUCGAGUCCCAUAAUCAAACAAUCUUUGCCUCAGAUUAUAAAUCCUUGAAUAGAUACGUGGCACCAAACACGCAACUUCUCUCCAAAUAUCAAUUUUUGAAGAACUGCGAAGAAUACAUUGCAUCCAAAGAUGUACACUUUGGACCAGAUGACACGGUGCUAAAUGAACUCCAUUCUCCAACAUCGCCACCAGACGACAUAAACUCGCAUUUCUGCGAUUUGGUAAGUCAACUCUCGUUUGACAAUAAUACAGUACACGAUAUUCAAAGCACGUUUUCCCAAAAUGCAAAUAACAAAUAUACCGGUACACCACCAACUUUUGACGACCACAAUGACGAGCUAGAUGAUUUGAAUGACUCAGACACGGAGGAGUUCCUGUCAAUGUUUUUAAAUAUAGGCGGCGGUCCAUCAACAGAGUUUAUAAAUUGUUACAAACAAGACCACGAGUUUGAAAACCCGCUUAAUCUAAACAAUACCGAACUGAAAACCACAUUUAAUGAAACUAAUGAUACAAAUAAAAGCCAAACUCAAACUCAAACUCAAAGCCAAAACCAAAGCCAAAGCCAAACUCAAAGCCAAAACCAAAACCAACGUACGAAUGGCAAUUACUCACUCAAGCAAACUCAGUUUUUAGAUCUCAUACCUGUGGAAAUACUUCUAAACCCUUUACCAGCAGAUCAAAUCAUUAUUAUCCCAUUCAACUCUCGCGCUACAGCAGAAUACGAAAUAGUGCCACGAAGCGUGGUCUCGAAAAGAUUAUUUGACAACAAGCGACAGAUUAUGGUGUUGUAUCUCAAUGGAGAUAUCAAAGUAUGGGAUAUACUCAUAUGCCGCGAGUUGAAGCAUUUGCCUAGUAGACAGGGUAAACUCCUUAAUGGCAAAGAGUUGGAAAUUCGAACAAAGGAAAUGGAAACAUUGUUCCAAUCCAUGCAAAAGUCAGAUACAUUGAAUAACUGGUGCGAAGUAGAGAUCAAGGCAGGCAAAUUGAUGGUCACUAUAAGAGAAACAUCAGCAAUGAAUGUAGAAAUAUAUUACGACGAUUUAAUCAAAGAUUACCCAUUUCUCGCAGUGGAUUCACCUUCUCAAAGGGAAAGACUCGGGAAGCACAAUCAAAUCAAAGUGACAAAUGACGAUAGGUUUCAUUUAGGGUUGAUCUUGUUGAAUUCAAUCUUUCAAGGUUAUACGUUAUAUGAAUGGGUAUUUGAUGGAUUAGUAAGAGACGAAAUUCGUAACAAUACCCAUUCAAAGGUUAGUGGUGGUGCACACAAAACUGCGACUCCAAAAUUGGAAGAUUUGGAUGAAAAUGGCAAUAUGAGCAAUAUUGCCAAUCUUGGUAAUUCCGGGACUGGAGCCGGAUCUGGAUCUGGAUCUGGGACUGGAGCUGGAGCUGCGUCCGGGGCUAGUAGUGGCAGCGUUGGCAGCGGUAUAAGGCGAUUGACUAAUUGGGGCAAAAAGUCGCUGCUGAAACGCAAUUUACCCACCAUGAGUGGGAUCUCUAAUCAGCAUUCACCUGCAACCUCAACAAAUACCAGUGUCAUCGAUGUACCAAUAUCAGAAUCUUCGCCAUUGGCUGAGUUUAUGAACUUUUCAGAAAAAACAUUAUCGAGACAAAUUGCCGAUUAUAACGAUUCAAUAAUGAAUUUAUUACAAACAAAUAAAAAGAUUUACCAAGAUAGAUCUAGUGGGAUCCACAGCAGUAAUAACAACAAUAACAAUAAUAAACUAGUUGAUUCGGUUUUGAGAAUUGAUCAUGUCAACCCCCGGCUCAAUGACAAUUUAGAUGAUGAUGAACUUAAAUAUUACCCCGUGAUCCCAACUGCAGAGUUACCUCAGGAUAUGAAUAUAAUUGUGUUUGAACAUUCACCCGAGUUGGGCAAUUAUCGUGAUCUCUUCUGCUUCAAUGUCGGCGAAGUAAGCAAACUCGCCACCAGCAAGGUUCCAAACUUGCAGUUGAUUAAUGACCUACGAAGUAUUGUACCACGUUGGGUAGGACAACCAAUACUUUAUAGUAGAUACAAUAUUAAGGAGCCACCCAAAAUCACGUUCCAGUUAAUCGAGACGGAUUAUUUACAUCUUCCACCACAUGUGAGGAUAGGAGGUAGGUCGCAAAGAAAAGUUAAGUCACUCCCGGCAUUGGAAAGCAGUAUCAAGCUUACUUCGCAUAGCAUGUUGCGUGUCUCAAAGAUCCUCCACUUUCUUACUGAUAAGUUUGAAAGUAGUACCAAGGAGAUGCGCGAUAAGAAAUUGAAGCCUACAGAUUGGCUAGUUUUGGAAUGCCGCGGUCAAGAAUUGAGUAACAGUAUGACCUUGCAAACCAUCAAGACCAAGAUAUGGAAGAGCAGUACUGAUAUUGAAUUGAGGUACCGAAGAAAGUUUGAUCAGUAA